UACUCUUCCCACUAUAAAAUAACUUCCACUCCCCCUUCUCAUCUUCAUCUUCACUCACCCUCUUCUCCUCCACCUCAUUUAGCUUCGCUUUUCCAUUUCUCAUCUCUCAUCUUUAUUUGAAAUUAUAUGGCUGAAUAUAACACGGAUAUGGACAAGCUCAGUUACGAGAUCUUCUCCAUUCUCGAAAACAAGUUUUUGUUCGGCUACAAUGAAGAACACAAACAUCAAAACAAAAUCAAUAACAAAACCGUCAAGACUGGCAAAGUAAGAAUCCUUUCCAUUGAUGGCGGCGGCGCCACCGACGGCAUACUUGCCGGGAAAUCACUUGCCCACUUGGAAUCUUUCCUGUCCAAAAAAUCAGGCAACCCCAAUGCUCGUAUCUCCGAUUACUUCGAUGUCGUAGCGGGGUCCGGAGCCGGAGGAAUCCUCGCCGCUUUGUUGUUUACACGUGGCAGAGAUGGUACUCCAAUGUUCACUGCUAAACAAGCGCUUGAGUUUAUGAUCGAGAAUCGCCGGAAUAUUUUCCGAUCAUCGUCCGGUGGGAUUCUCCGGCGGUGUCUCCGGUCGGCUAAGGUGGAGAAGUUGUUACGGAAGACUUUUGGCGAGUACACUUUGAAGGAUACAGUGAAGCCAGUGCUGAUCACGUGCUAUGAUCUCGCCACGGGCGCGCCGUUCUUGUUUUCCCGCGCUGACGCGUUGGAAGUGGACGGUUAUGAUUUCAAAAUGAGAGACGUUUGUUUGGCUACGGCUGCUAAUCCAACGGUGACUGGGGCCGUGGAGAUGAAGUCCGUUGACCAGAGGACGAAGAUUGUGGCCGUCGAUGGCGGCAUUGCGAUGAAUAACCCGACGGCUGCCGCUAUUACGCACGUGUUAAAUAAUAAACUGGAGUUCCCGUUUUGUAACGGCGUCGAGGAUCUCGUGGUAGUGUCGUUGGGUAACGGAGAGUCGGAUUACGGCGUUGGGUCGAAAAGGAGUCUGUUGCCGUCACAAUUCGUUAGAAUUGCUGGUGAAGGAGCUUCGGAUAUGGUUGAUCAAGCUGUUUCUAUGGCAUUUGCUCAAAGUGGGACAAGCAAUUAUGUCAGAAUUCAGGCAAAUGGGAUAAUAGCGAAAAGCGAGCAAGGGAAGCUAGAGAAAGCGAUGAAAACAAACAAGAAAACAGAAAUAUUAUGUGCAAUAGAGGAAAUGUUUUCAAAAAACACAUAUGAAUCAAUUCUUUUCAAAGGGAAAAAGAUGGUGGAAAGCACAAAUCUAGAGAAGAUAGAGGUAUUCGCAGGAGAAUUAAUCAAAGAACAAGAGAGGAGAAAAACAAGUAUUCUCCCAACGGUUGUGUUGAAGCAUUCAUUUCCAACACCAAGAACUUCAUCUUCCACAACUUUAUCAACUAUGUCUUCUUCAUGCUAAUUCCCGUCGACAAUGGUUUGACUCGAUUAAUUAGGAUUGAGUUAUAUUUGCAUUUGUUGCCGCUCUGGACCAACUUCAAAAUGCUUGAGUUGACUCCGAGCUGAGCUAUUGAGUUUU